AACAUGGGGCAAUUAACCAAGAGCGUUAAGGUCCGAUCAACGUGUAACGCUUGUCAACAAGCGAAAAUCCGUUGCAGUCACGAGAAGCCCUCCUGUCGUCGAUGUCAAAAGCACAAGAUAGAAUGUAUCUAUAGUGUUUCGCGGCGGCUCGGGCGUCCGGCAAAGAAGAAAGAUCAGAAAGUCAGCUCGGAAAGUCAAAGUCAGAGCCCCGUUCUCGAACUUACUGAUCCAUCGGAAAGUGAGAAGAAACCGCGGAAGCCUGGCAAGAGAAAGAGUCCUCAUGGUCCUAACCCGAUUUCGAGUUCACGAGCUCGAUCGGGCCGCAAUGCCGAAAAGGAAAUCGAUGAGGAUCGUUUACCGACAGCCCUAGCGGUUGAAACCUCGGAAGAUCAACCAGGACUAGAUGUCGAUUUAUCGUCUGAGAGUUGGCUUCAGGAGCUGAUAACAAAUCGCAUCGACGGUGCUUUGGACAACGGUGCUUCCGAGUAUCUCUAUGCAGAUGUUGAUAUCGAAGACCCGUUUGAUCCACUCCCAGAUUUUCUACCUUAUUGUGCUCCUCCUGUUACAUACCAGCCUUCAGGUGUAUGUAUAUCUUCUCAGCCACAAGCUCCGGUUCUUUCGUCAGUCUACACGAGCUUGGAGAGAGAUUUCAACGCCUUCCGUCAUGAAUCUACGCCUGGCGGUCACGCAGAAACGUCGGGACAUAAAGAUACCGGGCCCCUUUCGUGGGUCUAUGAUACAACACCUCGACUUGAUUUCCAGUGUUUCCAGGAUCCGUGGAGCUUUGAACGAAUUCCACCAACCGGUCUUCUAACGGAGCUACCAGAUCAUUGUUUCAGCUUCCAAUCUCCUACUGGCAGUCACGACAGCGAGGCAUACUCCCCCGAUAAUCUGGAUGUUUUCGCGGGAUCAGGAGGGCCAUCGACCCUGAGCUGUAGCUGCUACAAGCAUGUAAUCGGCCAAUUGGUCAAAUCUGGAGAUAAAUCUGGAGCCAGUGGCUGCUCAAACAUAGAUGGCUUAUUGGCUUGUCAGAAGGAGCUGGUACUUCAGACAGAAGCCAUUUUGCAGUGCAAAAUAUGCUCUCAGUCUGAGAAUCAGGCCAAUAUGCUCAUGAUUGUGAUUGUUGCAAUCGAUAGCCUUCUCACCCUACUUGAUACGGCAGUGACGCCAUCCAGGGCUGGUUGUUAUGAAGAAUCGACCGAGUCGGGGAAAGCGGCAGGGGGGAGGAAACAGAAGGAACUUGGGGCCGGCUUCAUGUCACAUAUCGACGCGUGCCCCUUGCUCGUAGGAGAUUUUCCGGUGCCAGCCGAGGAAAAAGCCUGCUUUAUCCGGCAAGUGCUACAGACUCGGUUAUCGAUGCUCUUGUUGGCUGUUCGGAGGAUUCGUGUCUGCAUGCAGCAACAUCUGACGGCAGCGCUUUCCCGCGGUCGGUUAUUGAUGAUUAUGGAGACAGAUCGGAGACUCCAGUUAGUCAUGAUGAAGAUCAAGAUGGCAGUUAUCUAA